CCGGACGCUCCCCUGCACCUGUCAUCGCGAAGGAACGUCAACGAGAAGAAAGGGAAGAAUGAAGGAAAACAAUCCGAAUUCGUUAACGAGCAGUGUCUGUGUCGGCCAAAUUGGUAGUACUCCGUUUAUGUACCUCAGGGCAGUUAAUUCUGUUGAAUCCAGUCGACACCCUUCAGUGUCAAGUUCUCCAGAUCCUAUAAUUAUCCCUUAAACCCGAAAUCUGUCCACUGAAGUUCCGUUACAAGCCGUUUGAGGCAGGAAUACGCUUAGGCUCCAUUCUGGGUUAAAUUCCGACACGUGAGUUAGCUAAUUUGUUAAUCUAAAUUGAAAAUUCCUAUUAAAACUAUCUAAAACUUAUUCUAUUAUAAAACCUAAAUAGAUGCUAGCUAAAACUUAUUUCUAAAAUUGAAUUCCUAAAUUUGUUCCUAAAAUUAAUAAUAAAACACACCCAUUUGUUAGGUUAAUAACAAGACAAAUAAGAAGCGUUUUGAGUCGAGGUUUCGUCAAUUGGGUAGUGAAACAUUGAAUCUUUAAGCUGCUUCUGUUGAACUGCUAAACAGAAGUGUUUUCCACCGCCCCGAAACCGUCCGAUUCUCAACAAACUUAAAGAUUCAAUUGAGUGAAUCUUAUACUGCGUAGUAAGCAGUGAAAAGUUCCGUGAAGUAAGCGGUAUCAUGGAGUCUGCUCGAACUUGCGGCAAAUGCCACACCAGUGGCUUGGUGCGCGAGAUGGUAGGAUGUGACAUGUGUGAUGUCUGGCUUCACAACGACUGUGCUGGUAUUGCAGCGGAGAAUGCGGAUCCCAACAAAAGCUGGCGCUGCGAGCAGUGCUUACACGAUGAAGCGACGGAAGUAGCAAGCAACGGUACCCAGAAAACAUCGAGGACAUCAAGCAGCAUACGGGCGCAACGAGCAGAGCUAGCCCUAAAGAUGCUUGAGGAAGAACAAGCGCUGAUGUUAAAAAACCGCGAAAAAGAGGACGAACUUCGCCGAAAAGAGGAAGAAGUCCAAAUGAAGAGGGCAGAGGAGGACGCUAAGCUAUUGAGGCAGAAGCAUGAGUUGUUACAGUCUCUGGAGGAUGGAAAUGGGAGUACUAGAAGCGGCAGUAACGCAGGCCGAAAGAAGGUGCAGUCGUGGCUCGGAGCGAAUCAUGGUGGUAUAGUACCGUUAGCUGAGCAGCCACAGCCAUCUGGAGGCACAGUUCAAUCGACCAUGGAUCCAACGGUAACAACAGCAAGUCUUCCGACGUCGGAGUUGCAGUCUGGUGUCGACGUUCUUCACAACAGCAUUGCGGCGGGCAUCUCCAAAGUUCCUAAAUCGACAUCCACGCCACACAAAACCAUAAGUACACCUUUAGUUACCCCUCAUACAUCAGUCCCUCUGACAAACGUGCCACAGUAUUCGGUCAAAGAUUCCUCGUAUGUGAAGUGGGGCGGGUAUUACCCUGGGGCAAAUAUCCUUCAAUCGUCCGCCAUUCCGACGAUUUUCGAAGCUCCUUUGAGUUCCAUUAAUAUUGCUAAAAAUGUUCCCUCUGUGCGAAACACUACACAAACGGUUCCGUUUUCUAUUGAGAGCCGUACUAGUCAGUUUACACCACCUCAUCCUACCAGUAUUCAAUCGGAGCACUUGUGUAAUCCAAUGUUAGUGCACGAACUAGUAGAGAAGCUUCCGCCACAAAUGCGAAUGCAGUGGUCCUGGUACAAGCGCUCAAUUCCGGUUGUCAACCUGGCGACAUUCGGGGACUUCAUGUCAGAGUUGGUGAAGACAGCGUCAGAUGUGACAAUCCCUUCAGAUUCUUUGAUACAUCAGUCAAAGCCUGCCAACACAGUACGAGAGAAGCAGAAAAUGUACGUCCACAUGGAGAGAGAUGGAGGUAAAUCACCUGCAGCGGUGGCAAGCAAACUUAAUCCGGCGAAGGAACUGGAACCUACGAAGAGAUUAUGCGCUUAUUGUUCAGAUGACAGUCAUGAAGUAGCACGAUGCCCUCAGUUCAAGGCAUUAGACCUCGAUGGCAGGUGGAAGGCGAUUCGUUCAAAGGGACUUUGUAGAACGUGUUUGAUUCCACAUCGAAAGUGGCCUUGUCGUUCGGGCAAGGAGUGUGGAUUGGACGGUUGUCGUUUCCGCCACCACAUGUUACUACAUUCACGGUCAGCGAUGGAAUCAGGCAAUAGUCAGUCCACCGAAAAAGUCACUCGCCAGAAUCAUCAUUCUGUGACGAAAUCUUCUCUGUUUCGCUUUCUACCCGUGACGCUCGAAGGAAACGGUAAGAAGAUAGAGACGUUUGCCUUCCUGGAUGAUGGAUGUGAGUCUACACUGAUGGAAGCUGGACUUGCAGAGGAGUUGGACAUUUCCGGCCCCGAGGAAUCUCUCUGGCUGUCAUGGACCGGAAAUAUUUCUCGAGAGGAGAAAGGUUCCCAACGGAUCUCGGUGGCCAUCUCGGGAACCGGACUUAAGAGUCAAUAUCAGCUGAGCAACGUGCGUACGGUGCAGAAAUUGAUGUUACAGAGCCAAUCAUUCCAGUUUUCCGAGCUACAAAAACUCUAUCCUCAUCUAAGAGGCCUUCCGUUGCGAAGCUACGCUGACGCAGUGCCGAGAAUUAUCAUCGGCAUCGAACACGCACAAUUGCUCGCUACCCUGAAGAUGCGAGAAGGCAGAGCAAAUGAACCAAUUGCAGCGAAGACGCGACUGGGAUGGUGCGUGUACGGUAAACAGGCCAACGAUACCAGUGCUGUUACGCGGCUACACGUUCACUCGGAGAAGAUCGGAAACCGGGAGCUGCACGAGCUUAUGAAGCAAUACUUUAACAUUGAAGAAACUGCAAUAGCUAUACCCCUAGAGUCAGAGGAUGACAAGCGAGCUCGUAAAAUUCUGGAGACAACAACCCGUAGGGUUAACGGCCGUUUCGAAACCGGGCUUCUCUGGAAAUACAAUAAGCCGUCUUUCCCAAACAGUUAUCCACUGGCUGUGCGCAGGAUGCAGUCGUUGGAACGGCAGCUCGCCAAAGAACCAGGACUUCGAGAACGAGUAAAUGAGCAGAUAGCCGAUUACGAGUUGAAAGGGUACGCGCACCGAAUAACCCCAGAAGAAGCUGAAUCGGCAAAUCCGGAUCGUGUGUGGUAUCUUCCGCUCGGCAUAGUGAGGAACCCGAAGAAGCCGGAGAAGGUUCGGCUGAUUUGGGAUGCAGCAGCGCGAGUGAACGGUGUCUCGUUGAACGACAUGUUAAUAAAAGGACCAGAUAUGUUGACGUCCCUAUUCGCGGUCUUACUGCGCUUCCGUCAGAGACCAGUUGCUGUGUGUGGAGACAUCCGAGAAAUGUUCCACCAAGUUCGGAUUAUCCAACAGGACAGACAGUCACAGCGGUUCGUUUAUCGGGAACAGCUAGAUCAGGAACCUCAGAUCUUCGUCAUGGAUGUAGCGACGUUUGGCGCGACUUGCUCACCGUGCUCUGCACAAUACAUCAAGAACAGGAAUGCAAAGGACUUUGCAUCACAGUUCCCGAGAGCUGCUUCAGCGAUCGUCAACGCCCACUACGUUGACGAUUAUUUAGACAGCGUAGAUACGGUUGAUGAAGCGGUGCAACUGGUACAAGAAGUGAAAUAUGUACACGCGCAAGGAGGAUUCGAUAUCAGAAACUUUUUGUCAAACUCCUCCGAGGUUCUGCGACGUUUGAACCAGACCGAGAACGUACAGGACAAAUCGAUGAACUUGGACAAGAUUGCAGACACCGAGCGUAUCCUAGGGAUGAUAUGGAGACCUGCUGCGGACGUGUUCACCUUCGAUAGCAUUAUAAAGGAUGACCUCGCAAAGCUACUAGUGGAAGGACACACGCCAACGAAACGUCAAGUCUUAAGGCUUGUUAUGUCGCUGUUCGACCCAAAUGGAUUCAUCGCACAUUUUACAGUACACGGCAAGAUUCUUAUGCAACACAUUUGGAGAUCUGGUACGGAUUGGGAUGAAAAGAUUGUAACAGGCUUGCAUGAACUAUGGAAGGAUUGGACGCAGCUCUUGAGGCGAUUGGGUGAAGUUGAAGUUCCUCGUUGUUUCUUCGGUGCGACAAGUAGUAAGCUGCACAGCGGAUUGCAACUCCAUGUGUUUGUCGAUGCAAGCGAAUUGGCGUACGCCUGUGUUGUGUAUCUUAGGAUCCGCCAAGAAGGAAAUGUGCGAUGUGUGCUCGUUGCGGCAAAGACGAAGGUGGCCCCACUAAAGCCGCUCUCCAUCCCUCGCUUAGAACUGCAGGCCGGCCUGAUAGGCUGCCGACUGAUGGAGAAUGUCUUAGACGAGUGGUAUUACAUCCCGUCAAAACAGAACGUAGCUGACGAUGCAACAAAGUGGGGAAUUGGACCCAGUUUCAACCCGAACAGCCGCUGGUACACAGGUCCUAAUUUUCUUUCCUUGUCGGAAAACGAAUGGCCCGAGCAACCAGCUAAGCAGUCGACAAAAGAAGAGGAAGUACGAGUCGUAUUUCAGCACCAUCGAAAAAUGCCGCAACCUUUGAUUGACGGGAACAGAUUUUCGAACUGGAAUCGUGUGUUACGAGCGACCGCAUACGUGUUACGAGCAGCGAAGAUUUUUGGAAAGAGGGGCUACCCUGGGCCGCUUAGCCGAGACGAGCUGCAACAGGCGGAGACCAUGUUGUGGCGGCAAGUACAGUGUGAAACAUUCCCCGAUGAGUACCGUACGUUGGAGUUCAACAAAAGUAACCCAAAGGAGCAGCCAAAGCGAAUUGAGAAGUGUAGUCCGCUGUAUAAGCAGUCUCCGUAUAUGGACGAUGAUGGCGUUGUGAGAAUGAGGAGCAGGAUUGAAGCAACAAAAUACCCUAUUAUAUUACCGAAAGACAACAAGCUAACCGCGCUGCUCGUCGAUAGUUAUCACCGUCGCUUUAAGCAUCAGAACCGUGAAACGGUGUUCAACGAGAUUCGUCAGCAGUUUCGUAUUCCGAAGUUGCGCUCCCUGAUACAACGUGUCGCCAAAAACUGUCAGCACUGCAAGGUUCAAAAGGCUGUACCUAAACCACCGAUGAUGGCGCCGCUUCCGAAGGUUCGAUUGACGCCCCACAUUCGAGCGUUUAGCUACACCGGCAUAGACUACUUCGGUCCAAUCCUUGUGAAGCAGGGGCGCAGUCUGGCAAAGCGGUGGGUAGCACUGUUUACGUGUCUCACUACCCGGGCGGUACAUCUGGAGAUAGUCCACAGUCUUUCCAUGCAGUCCUGUGUGAUGGCAAUUCGCAGAUUUUGUGCACGCAGAGGAUCUCCAUCUGACUUCUACUCCGACAAUGGAACCUGUUUCCGAGGAGCUAACAACCUGUUGACGGAGCAGCUAAAAACCAUUCAUGAAGGUUGUGCAGUGACGUUCACCAAUGCGAGGACGAGCUGGCAUUUCAAUCCCCCAUCUGCCCCCCAUAUGGGCGGUUGUUGGGAGCGCAUGGUGCGUUCGGUAAAGGCCGCGAUGGGAGACAUUGCACAACAUGCUCAUCAUCCAAACGACGAGGUCCUGGAAACUGUGGUGCUGGAAGCGGAGGCGAUCGUCAACUCACGACCACUGACGUACGUUCCACUGGACGAUGCCGAACAAGAAGCGUUAACCCCGAACCAUUUUCUGCUAUACGGCACGAGUGGUAUACUACAACCGAAGAGUCCACUGGUGUGUGAUGGAGCUAUAUUGCGUGACAGUUGGAGGUUGUCGCAGUAUCUAGCGGACGUGUUUUGGAGACGUUGGGUCCGCGAGUAUCUCCCAACAAUAUCAAGACGGACGAAGUGGUUCGAGCCCGUGAAACCCAUGGAGCCCGGAGAUGUGGUUGUUGUUGUCGACGAAAACAAGCGGAACGGAUGGCAGCGAGCUCGUGUCAUAGAAAUCUCAAAAGGAAAGGACGGCCAAGUCCGAAGUGCAGUGGUAAAAACCGCAGGAGGGAUACUAAAACGACCAGUGGUGAAGUUAGCUGUACUGGAUGUCCGCGAUGACCAGAAUCAAGGAACCCCGGAUCUACACGGGAGGGGGGAUGUUGAAAACCACCAUUCUUCCAACACUGCUAAUGGUAGUGCAGAUUCCGGACGCUCCCCUGCACCUGUCAUCGCGAAGGAACGUCAACGAGAAGAAAGGGAAGAAUGA